CAGUGUGUGUCUCUCCCACUCUGAGACAGAGAGUCAGAACUCCUCUUACUGACAGUCACAAACAUCCACAGCACUUACUGCAUUCAGAGGGAGAGAACCUGCAAAGAAAACUUCACAGCAAACUUUUUUGCUCUUGCGCCAGAGAAUUUGCCGAAGAGGAAAGAAAGGAAGAGGGGGAGAGAGAGAGAGAAAAAAAAAACUGCGUGCGAAGUGGUGGUGUGUUUGGAGAAACGAAAAAGCAGUGCCUUUUUUUUUCUUUUUUUUUUUUUAGAAAAAAGGGAAUCACCACAGCUGUUGCUGCCAGGAUGCCUUUGCUUCUGAAGGGAGGAUUUUUGUGGGUGCUCUGCUGGAUUAUAGUGAGGAGCUCCCCAACUCCAGGAUCUGAGGGGCACGGUUCGGUCACCGUUUGCCCAUCGUGUGCCCUGGCCACGCUCUCCAAGGAUGUGUCCAACUCCCAGCCGGAGAUGGUGGAAGCGGUAAAGAAGCAUAUCUUGAACAUGCUGCACUUGAGGGACAGACCGAACAUCACUCAGCCGGUGCCCAAAGCUGCACUUUUAAAUGCGAUCAAGAAACUCCACGUGGGGAAAGUGAGAGAAGACGGAUAUGUGGAAAUAGAGGAUGAUAUUGGAAGAAGAACAGAAAUGAAUGAACUUGUGGAGCAAACUUCAGAGAUCAUCACGUUUGCAGAAUCAGGUCCCGCCAAGAAAAUGCUGCAUUUUGAAAUUUCCAAGGAAGGGAGUGAGCUAUCAGUAGUAGCCCAAGCUGACGUGUGGCUCUUCCUAAAAGUCUCUAAAGUCAACAGGAGUCGGACAAAAGUGACCAUCCGGCUAUAUCAGCAGCAGAAAAUGUCGAAGCGAAAUCCCCAAGGGGUGGAAGAAGACGGAGGGCUGAGGGGAGAGAAAGGAGAAAUGCUGAUCUCGGAAAAAGCAGUAGACACUCGCAAGAGCACCUGGCACAUAUUCCCGGUUUCUAGCAGCGUUCAGCGCCUGUUGGACCAGGGGAAGAAUGCCCUGGAUGUGCGGAUUGCUUGCGACCAGUGCCAAGAAACCGGAGCCAGCUUGGUGUUGCUGGGUAAGAGGAAAAAAAAGGAAGAAGAUGUAGAAGGGAAGGAGAAAGAAGGCAGUGAAACGACAGGAGAAGAGGAGAAGGAACAAUCGCACAGGCCCUUCCUGAUGAUGCUCGCCCGACAUUCGGAGGAUCGCCAGCACCGGCGGCGGCGGCGGGGUCUCGAGUGCGAUGGCAAAGUUAACAUCUGCUGCAAGAAGCACUUCUUCGUCAGUUUCAAAGACAUUGGCUGGAAUGACUGGAUCAUCGCCCCACCAGGCUACCACGCCAACUACUGUGAAGGAGACUGUCCCACCCAUAUUGCGGGCACAUCUGGCUCGACCUUGUCUUUCCACUCCACUGUUAUCAACCACUACCGCAUGAGAGGUCACAGCCCCAUCUCCAACCUCAAGUCAUGUUGCGUACCAACCAAGCUGCGGCCCAUGUCUAUGCUCUACUACGACGAUGGGCAGAACAUCAUCAAAAAGGACAUCCAGAACAUGAUUGUGGAAGAAUGCGGGUGCUCAUAGGUGUGCCCGUAUACCACGCACCCUCACCUGCAUAUAUGCUCGGGGCUGCCUCUCUGCCGGUUUCAACAAAACAAUUUAAAACAGAACAUGAAAAAAAAAGGAAAGACCCGGUGGGUCCCACAUUUCCGGAAAAACAACCACAUUUCUAAAAUAGCAUCCGAUUUUGUUUUUGUUUUUAAAUGACUUAGAGACAAAGCAAAGAAGAAUGGUAUCAUUUCGCCAGGGCUUGGAUGAGAAACAUUCAAAUGGUGCGGGCGAGGGCAUUUUCUCUUAUAUGAUCCAUAUUUUAUUACAUAGUAUUUUCACACUUAAUCAGCAACAAGGGGAGGUAUGCUUUCCCUCGUUCAGUUAACUAUGCAUUCGAGCCCUGACAGUUUGCCUAAAUCGCAGCAAUUUGGAUGCCAAGUCCAAAAUGGUAUUAAUAUUGCUAGAAAAGCCAUGUGUAUGAUCAGUUCAUCCACGGGCACUUUUCUCCCGUCAGUUUACCAAGGACGCAAUGAGUAUGCACAUCUGUGUGUGUGUGCAGGUUUUUCAUGGCACCCGCACAGAUUGAACACACUUGUGUAUAUAUAUUGGUAAAGGGGACAAUAAUACGCAGGUGUACACACCUUUAUCUUCUGCACUAUUUUUGCAAAAAAAGAGUUAAAAACUAUAAAGAAAGAAAGAGAAUGAAAGAAAAUACAAAGUUACAUUUCGUAAAGGUGCUUAUGACAUUAGAACUAUGCAACCAAGUUGGUUUGAAACUGUUUACCUGAGAGAGAAAGAAAAAAAACCCAGACUUAAAAAAAAUGGAAGUAUCAUGUUUAGUUUUUUUGUUUUCUUCAAUGCGAGAUACUUGAAAGGAAUAUGUUUGUCCAGCUACUGGAGCCAAACAUUUCUAUAUUUUGUAAAAAAGAGAAAAAAAGAGAAAAAAAUUUAAAUUGUUUACUAUUUGCACUACAAUAAUGUUCAACUUGUCUAAUCCUUAUUUAACAAGUAUUGGGGGGGAGGGAACUUGGCUGGGGUGGAAGGGAAUUAAAAAGCUGCACUUAUUGUGAGCUAUACAAGAACUGCUACAGCACACAAAAAUACUUAUUUUUAUUAUAAUUGUUAUUAUUUUAUACCUUUAAAAGAAUAGAUGUGUACACCAAAGACACUUAUGUGAGCCUCUAAACAAUCUGUUUUUAGCUAGUGUCGUUCAUAGGUUAGAAUCUGGCUUAAAAAGGGUUACCAGCAAGGCUGGCUGCAUUUAGGAUCUUGUCGAUGGUUUAAACUUGUUUAGUGCCCUGAACACAACACUGAAUUCCAGAUUUGGCCCAUGUAUUUCAAACACUCUAUCGGGGUGUUCUGAAUCAAGAUUCUGUUUCAGGCCCAUCAAUAAUUCAGUUGUGAAUCCUUUGUAUGUACAGCAGCUGUACACUGUUGGCAAACUUCUUGUAAGGGGGAAUCUAUAUUUGUAUAUGUAUGUAUAUAUACAGUUUUAGCACUUCUGGCUACACUUUUAAUGUUCUUAAAAACAAUGAAUGUUUGUGUGCCAAGCACAGUAUAUUAAAUGUUUUUUUUUUCCCAGUGGAGGAAACUUAUUUUAAAGCAUACCACUCUCUAUGAAAGGAAUAAAAUCUCCAGCAUAAAUGUAGAAAGUUCUAGGUGAAAUCCAGCUUUGUACCCUUCUCCAGCCCCGUAUUUAUCCUUCACUGCAGCAAUAUCCAGUAACUUUCGUGGAACUUAAAUAGAUGUAUAUUGUGGACAAUGUGAGUUGGAUGGCCAAUGCGCAUAAGCACCAGAGGUAUGUCACGUGAAGGUGUGGAGAAUGUAUGCAACUUGACCACAUGAACACACUGUCCAAUCAACAUUCAUAACUUUCAAAUUAUGUUGGAAAAUAUGAAUAAGUGGGCAAGUUCAAUUGGUUAGUAUGUACAUUGGAAUACAAUGUAUGUAUUCUCCGUCCAGGGACUUAUACGCACAUGGCCUGGGCAUUUUACAACAUUGACAUGGAGGCUAUGCAUCCCAAUUGGACGAGACACCAAAACAUCUCUAAUCAGUUUGCAUUCUGCAAUAUCUGUUGCUGCCCAUACUGACUUGAGCAAAUGCCCUAUUGAGUUUGCUGGUGUGGACAUGUUCUCCAUGCUUUCCUGUGAACGCACACAAUCAGUGGUGUUUUUGCAUUUGCAGUCCACUCGCUUCAGCUACAACAAAAUGGUCACUAAUAAGAACUCUGUGAGCAAAACAAAAAGUUUGUCGCUCUUGAAAGAGGAUGUUAACAGAAUUUUCCUCUUGGUGAUGAUUAUCUCUUGGUGAAAUCCUACGAUCCAUGUUGUUAAGAGCUCAACUCCAAUUGACUCCAGUAGUAGCUACUGGGGCGGAUCCAGCCACUUACUCACCUUCCUCCAAAUAAAGGAGCCAUUUGGCCGGAUCCACUCUAUUGUAAGCAAAACUUUCUGCUUAUUUUCGAGGUCCAUUAAUAACUUCUACUUACACAAGUAAAGCUAUGUAGCAGCUGUCUAUUUUGUUAUCAGUCGGGAGGGGUGUUUUGCUUAAGGAGCCUUCUGGAGAGCAAAGGACUAAUGUUUUUUAACAUCUGGCAAAUGAAUUAAAUUCAAAUGAAUGAAAUUCCCAGGCUAGCCCCAUCGACAUUGACCAAGAUAGAAUGUUAGCACCUUGAGGGCAAGAAGGGUGAUAAAGAAGCACGGGGGGGGGGGACCCUUUGUUGAUCCAAAGAAGACAAUUUGUGUUCAGAAAUGUGUUUCUGCCCACAAAUUGGCUACACUGCCAGUUGAAAAGCCUGCUGGGUUGGUGUAUGUGUUUGUGGUGGGGAGGGUACUUGGGAAGCAUGCAUCCAGCCUGCUAAAUUCCCAGGUAGUGCUCAGAGGUGAUAGGCUCCUAAAAGCACCUGUUGCUUGGUAGGUGCAGGUGAGAUGAAUUAAAAACAAACGAGCAAGGCAGUGGGGAAGGGGAUUCAUUAAUACAACAAGCAUGUAGCCUUGUGAGGCCCUUUGUGGGUCCCUUAAUUCAGGGUCAGAGUACGGUAUCUGGUGAAUGCCAACACAUUUAUGUGCUUGCGUGCAUUAAACAAAACACAAAAUAAAGGGGGAAGAGAAGGGGGGAAAUAUGUUCUGUUGUUGAUUAGAUAUCAAAACUUAUAGCUAAAGUUAAUUUAUUCUGCAGUAUUCAGCCUGUGUAGUAGAGCUAAUGGAUUAUGCAUUUGUCUAGAGGGUUUUUUUUUAAUACCACACUUUUUUACAACUUUAAAAAAAGACAAAAACUUUGUUCGAAUUGUUCUAAUGGGAUUACAUAACAUGUAUUCCAUUAUAUAUUAAGGCUUUCAGAGUUAAAUUAUUGACAGAAGAUUUUUUAAAAAAUUAAUCAAGAAGAUAUGCAGGCAUUCGUAUCAAAUGUAUGCAAAAGAUUUCCUUCUGAAACUUUUUCUUGACUUGUUGAAGUGGGAUUUUAGAGGGCAAAGGAACCGAGCUGACUGAGUGUAUAUGUAAACGAACAGAAUUGCUCCAGUUACUUCAUUAGGUUCGAUCUGACCUAUCAGUUGUACAUAUAGUAUUCAAGAUUGUCAGAUCAAGACUACAAGAAAACCUGAGUACCUGAGGUAAUAAUAAUAAUAUAAAUUUCACCAGAGAUUUUGCUCAUCAGUGUGCUGAAGCGAUAGAAAAAGACACAUCUUCUAGAAUUUUUCAUUCUAUGGAGCUCAGAAAUAGACCUAGUAACUAAUACGAUUCACAAUGUUUUCUUAUGUGAAUUGUUCCAGUGUCUUUGAUGCAGCUGUAUAGUUCUGGAUGUACCAGUGGCUGUCCACAUGAAGAAAACAAAAGUUGGAAUGGAAAGUAAUUCAGACCAGGGCAAAAGAGGCUGGAGAUAUUGGCUAAUGUAGUGCAAUAGCAGGAGUGUUGAGGUAGUGUGCCAGAGACACAGGUUCAAAUUCUUCCCUGGCUUGCCUUGGGCAAGUCACUGUCCCUCAGCCUAACUACCUCACAAAGGCAUUGUGAGGCUAAAAGAGAGAAGAAGGUUGAAAUGUUUUAGAAACAGUUAACAAUAACAUCCAUAAACAACGCCACAUCUAGUACUAAUGAACAUUCCCUUUACUAGUUAAUCACUUGCUUAUUUCUGUUUCAUUGUUGGACAACAGCAUUGGCAACUUCAUGCUAGCAAAAGCCAUAUUUAUAUUAGUUUUGCUAAAAAGAUAUUGGAACAAAUCCAAUUCUGCUCCAACUGAAGACGUUAAAUCCAUCCAUCUACCAUGGAUAUCCAUUGCACUUGGAAGAUGGGCCUCUAUGGUGUUCACGCCAUUCGCUCUAAUCUAUUUAUCAUACAAGAACAAUACUUCUGAAAUGAAUGAGGAAAAAUAAAAGUUUAGAUGUGGUAGACAACUUCAUGAUAUGCAUACUGAAAAGAGUGGGAGGUAUACAAAUUAACAAGAAACCGUUUCUCAUCCCUAUCCAGUAGCUUUCACGCAGAUGUAUAUCCCUUUAAAGGGCUUUCUCUCUCACUCAUCAUUUUCUUCAGUCAGUCAUAGGUUUUUGAUUUGUGAUUAUUCAAAGCAGAGGGAGGUGAAAAAGCAUAUGCAAAAAUAAAAUAUGAAAUUGGAACAUUAAUCAAGACUGACUGUGGUUCCAGUACAAAAAAAAUGAUAAUUUGUUUUAAUUAAAUUGGCAUGUCCUCAAAAUAGAGUUUAAAUUGCUACCACAUCUGACAAGUCUUGUAGAGGACAUAUGGUCUUAGCAACAAGAGUCCUUUUUAGGUAGCAAUAAAAAUAGGAGGGUUUUUAAAUAGUAACACAUUUGUUCAGUAUCUGUUGCAACCGUGGCUCAGGUGUUCUCCAGGCUAUCCAAAGUACCAUGUUUUCACCUACUGAGACAACCUGAAAUUCAGAUACUAACAUUCCUUAAGAACUUGAUUUUGUGAUAAGUGCAACAUUGACCAGUGGGUUGGGAAGAAUGAAUGUAUCGGUCUGUGUGGUUUACAGUGGCUCCGUGCAGAUAAAAUAUUGUUUGAUCUCUUAACGUAUAUUCAUCCUCCCGCCUCACGCAAGCAAUACCCUUUGAGUUCUGGAAUCAACUGUCAGGAUAACACCAGCAUUGCUUCUUUUCUGACCAUAGUUAGUGCCAAACCACAGUUUGUAAACUGUGCCCCAUUCCCAACUAUAUAGUUAGUGUGGGGGCAAAAAUAUAAAAGGGAGGGAAAUGCCUUCCAAGAGCCCAUUAAGCAUUCCUCAUCCAACCAUGGUUAGGGGAUUGAAUAGUGUUGCAGUUGCACAGAGCCAAAAGUAGAAAAUCUUGCAGAUGUCUAUAUGUUCUAGAUAUGCUCCAUAAUAUUUUUGUGGCUUUACAUUUAUUGUCCAGUCCUGAACACUUCAAAUUAAGAGGGGUUUAGCUUUGACCUUCAAUAAGAGAAGUUCUGUAGCAAUUCUUUCCUUGCAGCGCUGAAAUAUUCCAAUAUUGAUUUUCUAAAAUUGUAUCAAGAUUCCAAUCUGCGAGUUGCUUCAAGCAUGUCACUGGCCGAUUGAGAGCAACCUGCCUUUUCUGGAGCUUUUUGCAAAGUCUUUGUACAAACGAACAUUUUUGUCCAUUGGGAAUCCGUAACCCUCUUCAGCCCUAACUUUAUUAUGACGAUUGUCCCACUGAAAUCCGUGCAAUUAAACUAAAUCUGAUAGAAAAUUUGUAAUGAAUAUCACAAGCCAGAUUCUGACAUACUUAAAUGCAUCUCUUUAACCUGCAACUGGUCGACAUGUUAAAUGUGUUAUUCAGUAUCAAGAGUUUGGGGGUAUCAAGAACAGAAACCCUUGUGAAGUCCAUGUUUCCAUCAACAGAAGCAAUCUGUAUUUUUAGCUUAUCUCAUUAUUUAUUUUUCUUUGAUUCAGCGAGUUGUUAAUUUGUAAUAGUGUAGUUUCGUAUUUAAACUCUUUGAAAGGACUUUGAUGAUGGGUUGUGUAUACAUACAUAUACACGAUUUAUAUAUAUAUAUAAAUAUAUAUAUAUAAAUACACACACACAUAUGUGUAUAUAUGUGUGUGUAUUUGUAUGCGUGUGUGUGUAUAUAUCUCUGUAUAUAUACACACACAUACACAUAUACACACACAUACAGAAACCCCAAUCCAGCAAGUACCAUCCCUGUUCAUGAACAGAUUUCAGUGUUUGGAUUUCCCCUCUGGAUCUGAUCCUGUAUGUGUGGGGGUAAAUGACCAGGCAUCAGUGGUGGCGAACCUUUG